AUGAUUGGCAUGGGUGGCAAGGGCGGCAUGGGUGGCGGUGGCAUGGGCGGCAUGGGCGGCAUGGGAGGCAUCGGUGGCUUCGGAGCUACCAUGGGCGGCAUGGGUGCCAUGGGUGGCUUCGGAGCUACCAUGGGAGCCAUGGGAGGCAUGGGUGGCUUCGGAGCUAUCAUGGGAGGCAUGAGUUUUGCGUCUCUCAUGGGAGGCAUGGGAGCACCGGAGGGCGGCAUGGGUGGACUGUCUUCUGGUGUGCCUCAUCACACACCUUCGCAUGACGUCGUUGAAGAUCUUGCCAACACCUUCCGAGCUCCACAUGAUGAUGCGGCACGCGACAAUGAAGAGGAGGAGAAAGUAUCGUCUUCGGAUGAGGAUGAUGAAUCGGAGGAAGAGGAGGACGAAGACGAGGAUGCGGCAUGA